ACAUAGGAGCUGGGGUUUGGAUGACAUCUGUAAUUGUUGCUAAGCUGUGUGGAAUCCUCUCCAACCUCAAGAUUCCGCUUCAGGAGGUCCGGGGUGGUGAUGCCCAUCUGCUACCACACUUGGUAACAUCCAGAGAAGGUCUAUGUGAAUUGGGAACCUGCUUCUGCCCUUCCCUGCCAUGUUGCCUGUCAGUUGGGAAUUUCACACCCGACACACACAAACCCAGGAUAUCUUCACUAAAGUCACCAGCAGUUUUCCAAGAAUCUCUCCAUCAAACCAUUUCCCACCUCAGUGUGACCUUGACAUUUCCUAAGCUCCAUGUGUCCAAAUGUCCUAGCUGCGGACACUCGGUUGGCUGCUUGGCUGGCGAACACUUACAUCUUGGAGAGCUCCCAUUUAAGGGUGGACAUUGUGGAUGGGAAGGCUCAAAGCUGCCAGCGCUCCCUGCCCACCCUCCAAAGCAGCUCUGCCCGCCUUCUGCAUCCCAGGCCCCUCCAUCUUCCAGUGCAGCCCCACGUGGAUCCCACCCCUCUAAUUUGAAGACCCCAGUAAUGUCUAAGGAGAGAAAUAAAGACGACUUUUUUUUUUUAAUCCCUAUCCCAACUGGAAUGGACUGGGAGAAGGAAACCUUGACCCUUGCUGCUCCGUCAGCUGUUGGGAGGCCCCAUGCUCAGGACUGGGAGCAUCGGGGCAGGGCAGCUUCCGAAAGCUUUCACAGGAACACUCUAUUUUCGGAUAGCGGGGGGAGCCUGUACUUGUUUGACUUCUGAGAUUCCUGGAUUCUUGUGGCCACAGGGUUGGUUCCCUUGGCCCUGAUCAUGGAUCUUCACCAGCCCUAUGUAAUGAGAUUUGGCACGUGUCCUGGAAUAGGACGUCAAUGCAUGAUCGUUGCUCUCUACUUCCUCCCUCUGCUCGUUCAGCUACUAGACAGAUCCUCUUGAAUCUGUUUGUUCACAGAGGACACAGGAAAGAUCUUCCCUUCCCUAAGAGGAACCAGAGCCUGGA